GUUUGUGCUUUGUGUGACACGUCGGGACUGUGAUGCGGAACUGUCCGGUUUGAGUGUUCGUGUGUUUCACAACGAGAAAAAAGGCGACGGCGGGGAAGGUUAGGAGGAGGAGGAGGACGAAGAGAGGGCAAAGUCAUACGUAACGGAGGUUAAUGGAGGAAACGAGCCGCCGGUAGAAACGCAGCGAACAUAUGGGGCAGUGGUGUUACCUCCGACCGAGUUGGUGCGGAGUGGAUAAGGGGUUAACAAGGACAUGAAGACAAACAUGGCUCACAGGCUGCUGGUGCGCAGAAUUUGGACGCUCUCGGCGAAAGAUAUCCGCUGCCUCCGAACAUCCACCGCCGCCACAGCCUCCUCUUCAUUUUCCAACUCCCUGCAGUCCACCACACCUCGGGUAUCCUUCCUUUCUCCCUCACGCACUCUGCCUCGCUCCCUUCCCCACACCUCCCGUCGUGAAGUUUCCUUCAACGUUCAGGACCACGAGGACUUCACGGAGCGGGUCAUCAACAGCGAGCUGCCUGUACUAAUUGAUUUUCAUGCACAUUGGUGUGGUCCCUGUAAGAUCCUCGGGCCAAGGUUGGAGAAGGCGGUUGCAAAACAGAAAGGCCGUGUUGCGAUGGCAAAAGUUGACAUUGACGAUCACACAGACCUGGCAAUUGAAUAUGGGGUGUCUGCUGUUCCGACAGUGAUCGCCAUGCGAGGAGGUGACGUCGUCGACCAUUUUGUGGGAUCAAAGAUGAUGAUGAGCUGGACUCAUUUGUCAGCAAAGUCAUUGGACAAUAAAUCAGCUGUCCCCACCCUGCCGUUAACCACCAUUAUGGUGCUGUUUUCUAUGAUUCUGGCACGGUAGGCAGCCCUUAGCCGCCAAAGCCUGUUUAGCAACAGCUAACCGAUAAACAACAAUGCCACAGUUCCAGCUGGCAAACUCCCAAAUGCUCACACCCAUCCCAAGACACACCGCUUCAGCUUUGCAUCAUUGCAUUUGUCUCUCUGUCUCCUGCUGUUUCUUUUGUCUAGUGAUGGGUGUGUGCCUCCAUUUACCAUUUUAGUUCAUGCUGAGCUCCAUUUUACAGAACUUCAGUUUCUCAUUUAUAACAUGACGGCUCCAUUGGGGGGGCCAUGGUGUAACAGUUUGCUGUAAACGUUUGUAGAAAGGAAAAUACACCGCUGUACUGCACUUAUACUGUAUAACAUGAGGGAUGAACAUGUUUAGCUUUAGUGCUGAAGAGGAUUUAACUUUAAACCUGACGAUAUUGAAUGAGGUUUGUGACAGUGUUACCUGUAGUUCCUGCUUCUGUCCACAUGAUGGUGGCAUUUCUUUAACAGCACAAAGCCACUCAUGGUCAUUUUACACCAUUAUGCCUAAUAAUGUGAGAAAGGAAGGUGUGUGUGUUCGUGCAUGUGUUUCUGUCUGUUCAUUGUGUGACUGGUUUCUGACUGUGAAACUGAAGUCAAGUGGGAAUUGCAAAAUUCAGUUUGAUUUAGUUUAUUACUCAAAUGAACUCUAUGUACCCGAAAAUAUGACCAAGUGAAGUAAUAAAGGAGUCAAAAGAUG